ACAGUCCAUCCUUUUAUAUUUGCUAUAUAAAAUAUUAACUUCACAUUUUUGGAAGCGAAUUAUUUUUAUAGCUUAUUAAGACUGGCACGCGGUGUGGUUGGAGAGAUGUGGUGCUUCCAAAAACCAGGCUUUGAGUCCCUCCUUCUGGCAGAGCUGCAGAGGCAACAGCAGUGCAAUCAGUUCUGUGACACUUUGCUCAGAGCCAGAGGAUCUCAUCAUCAGGUAUAUCGGUCCCAGCACACAGCUGCGUUCUGUCAACCUUAAGCCCUCACGUCUCCUCGGCUGUUUCCCCUCGCUGUCGUCCCCUAUUGGACCGUGACGCCUCCUGGAGUCUCCGGGACCCUACUCCAAAUCGCCAGGCUUCUUUACUCUGGAGAGAUGGCUGGGGAGGGGGAGAAUGAGAAGCAGGAGGCCAUCUGUGCCGCAGCCAAGCUCGGCAUCAGCGGGUUGGUGGAGGUAACAAGCAGGCUUAGCGCAGGGACGAAGCAGCACGCUGAGGCAGGGGUCCAGACCGAGCCUCUGAGGAUGGAGGGGGGAAGACUGGUGAAAUGGAGGAGAGAGGUGAGGGAUGGGUUCACCUAUUUGUGGAAAGACACGCUGUCAGAGAGCGGGAGAGACGUGUGGACUCAGACUGAGGAAGAGCUCGUUAACUCCCUCCCCCCUCAUCCAGCAGUGCCCUACGAGACCAUCAACAUGGACGUUCUACAGAGUUUAGGGCAGACAGUCACACUAGUUUACCCACCAGCUGAAAACCAAAUGCUCCAAUCUUCCUCUGCUUCUACAGACUGUCUGCAAGAAGCAUCUGGAAGCUCAUAUGUAGCCAUGGUGACCCCACAGUACAUGCCUCCCCCAGAUUUGCCCCCAGAGACUCCCUCACAUGAGGCCACCUCUCAGAGCUGCCAGGCUGAACCCAACCCUAACGAGUUGGAGCAGUUUGAGGCAAGCAUCGCUGGAUUCAUCGACUCCUUUCUGAACCUGGAGAAAAAGGAGAACACCUGCAGAGGGAGGGGAGGGGGGAGGCCAAGAGGAGACAGGAAGGGACAGCAGAGAACCAGGACUCCCACAGGGAGGACAGCAAGGAGGCCCCGGGGAGGGCUGACUCAGAAGGUGGACACGCAGGAGAUCGGGGUGAGCAAGCUGCAGAAGUUGUUCCCACACAGGUGGGUGGUGAGUAAGCCCAGAACGGGUCAGGGUGGGGGCACUGUGGGGAGGAAACUGUGCCAGAAAACCAGAGAGGAGCUGGAGUCCAUCAGUAAGGGUCGAAGGAGGAGAGGACGUAAGACAGUGUUUGAGGUGGGCCAGAGUCCAUACCUGCAUCAGGGCGGGGUUGGAGGGACGGCAAAACCCCAGCGAGGGCGAAGACACACCCCACAGAAGCUCAGCGCAGCGUCCCCUCCUCCAGCUCCACGGCCUCAGGAGGACAAGCCUGAGGAGAUUGAAUCCCUGCUGGAGGAAGUCAUGAUGGGGCUGGAUAUUCUGCCGAACAGAGCUACCCACUCUCGGCAUCCUCUUUCAAGAAGCGGCCACACAUUCAGCAGUUCUGAAGUGCCCGUGCUGCAGCAGCAAUCUGAGGGCGAGCUGCAUGACGAGCUGGAGAACUUCCUCCACUGCUUUGAUAUCCAUACUGAAAGCGGCAGCCCCAGGAAGGAGAAGGAGACAGGUGAUGAGACUUCUUCACGGGGAAAACACAGUAGAGUUACGAUUCCCCACACACCUCAUCGGCUGCUUCAAGCUAGCUGCUCUCAGACACCCAGAGUUCAGGGGGCUGAUCCAGAACCGUCAUCGCUGAAUGAUGCCAUUUUCCCCAGUGAGGAGACUAAGGAGAAAACUGUCAAACGCAAAAGGAGACCGAACAGAAGGAAGUGCAACACAUAUCUGUUCUCUUUAGAGAAAAGAAGCAUGAAAAGAAAGACAGCACCUCAGGAGCUGAAGGCUGGGAAAGCCCAGGGUCAGAGAGAUCAGCAGCUGCAGCAGACACCGGUGGUGAAACUAGAGAGGAGUAGGUUGAUGGCUGUCGGAGCGAUGCUGCAGGGGGACAGCAGUCAGAGCGCCUCACAAAAGCGUCCAUCAGAAGCAAAGACCAUCUCAGAGAAAAACUCCUCUAUUAACCAUAUUGGAAAGAACCCGGUGAUCAAAUCCUACAUAACCAGGAGCAAAUGUAGGGAAGCAAAGAUCCAGGACUUUAAGCCUUUGCUGCAGCACAAUCCUGCCUGGAAUGUAGACCAGCAGAGAGGAGGCAGGCCAAAGAUAAAUGGAAGUCUUCCUGCUUCGUCUCAUGUUGACAGAACAAGUGUAGUUCAGCCACAAUCGCCGGGAUCCUGUUGCACAGAUGAGCAGAAAAACCAGAGAAGACAUGGGGAAGUUUUGAUAGGAGAGGAAGAGGCCCAAGAGAGAGGAACAAAACGUGAAGCAGAACCUAUGAAAGAAAUCGAUGAUGAGGUCCGUGUGGACAAAAGAGUUUGCGCAGACCUCGCUAUCACCAGGGAAACAAGCAUGCUGAGCCCUCCGUCUGCAUUAGCACCUUUAGAUCAAGACGAGAUAAUUGAUGUAGAAACCCUCUCAUUGAGCAGUUUCCCAGACUGUUUCCAAGAACCAACACAAAAGGAAGAACCUCCCUUUCAAGACAAGGAAAUUUUAUCAGGUCAAGAUUCAGAGAGCAGUGAUUCGAUCAUCGAUGUAGAAGGAGACCAAGGAGGCACAGCUGAGGAUUGGUUAGAACAACAAAGAUGCUCUGUUAGUCCUAAACACCCCAACAAACAGCUCAGCCUAGGAUGGAUGGGAAAAUGGGAAGAAGAUGGAGAGGACCAGUUCAUUGAUGUGAUUGGAAGCAGGAGUAAAGCCUCAGAUCCUGGGAGAGUUACUUGGAUGAAGUCCUCUGGAGAUGAUAGGGAGGGCAGAGGCCAAGAGGAAGUGGACGUUCUUGUAGAAAAGAUGGAUGGUAUACCUCCUUCCUCUGUGAACCUCUCUGCAGUGCAUCACACAAAGAUCAGCCAGAGCAAGAUGCUCUCUCACUGACUCACCACAUCCACCUCUUCUCUAGUUUCAUGUUUAGGAUCAGCCUCAUUUACCCAGACUUUGUGCAAAGAGUUCAAGAAGUUGUGUUGAUCAUUGUCUGCUCUUUUAACGUUUUAGAUCAAAGUAUUCAUAAAACAUCUGGGACAUUUUGUUUUGACAGUUAGGAAAAAAAAUGUGUUUUACGAUCAUAAGUAUUCAUAGUUAGUUUACUAAUCAAGAAAACAGCAGUGAACUGUAAUCAGACUAGGGAUUAAUAUCAAAGAAUGUUCAGUAAGGUUUGUUUUAGCUCUAAACAAUGUUGUUUUAAAGCCCAGGAAAGCAUGUCUUUUUUAGUGCCAGGAAAAUCUGGAUUGUUGUUUUAGUUGUACUUCUUAGUAUACUUAUACUAUCAGUAUGACUAUGGGUUGUAGAUUUAGCUUAGAAAUUCAGCUUGUUUUCUACUAAGAUCUGUCAAAUGUUUCAGGAAAACUUUUGUAGACCUUUAAUUGUUUAUCGAAGCGUUCACUGUCAGGAUUUUGUAUAUGAGUUUGACUAUAAAGAU